AUGUUCAACACAAACAAUACCGCAGGCGGAUCUCAGGCCAUGGAAGAGGGACUUGGCAUUAACAAGCUUUCCCCGAUAUCAUCGAAUUCGAACCAAAGCUCAUUGACUUCUUCCAAUUAUGAAAAAUACCUACAGCUGGCCACGGAGAAGAAUCCAUGUAUGAUCUUAGAGCUGGAACUGGACGGCAAGGUGCGAUAUGGCUCUCCACAAUGGAACACUAUCACAGGAGUCGCCAAUGAUGGUGACUCUUCUCCAACGUACAUUGCAGACCUUAUUCUCGGAUCCGAUCAAGAUAAAGGUGUCUUUCAAAAGGCCACGGACAUGCUGCUUAUGAAUGAUGAUACUAGUUGCACGAUAACGUUCAAGAUAAAGGCUGCCGAUCUUGAAAAUGGCACGGACUGUGAUGAUGACAGUACGAUAACGACCUUAGAAGCACGUGGUAUCUUGAUCCGGGAUGCCCACACACAAUUGCCCUCGCACACGAUGUGGAUAGUUAAGCCUCUCACAAACGACUGGUCAGACUUCUACGCCAACGAAGACGCUCAAGAUGACAUGGUCAUCCAGUUAUCCGAUAACUGCGACGAUAUCGAUGUCCAACUUCCUGAAGAGUUUUCUAAGACGCUUGGAUUCGGGGCCAAGAUCUUCGUACAAUACUUGAAGAGGAUACGACUGGAAAUGAUACUGGACGAAUUCAAUCUGCCCCUGCCAAAGAUGGAAUUGUGCCGGGUUUGUGAGAACUUUGUUCCAGUUUGGUGGUUGGAGACCCAUUCGCAAAGUUGUGUUUGCGAGCAUAGAACGGAGUCGCUCAUACAACUGUUACACGAUAAUCUUCUUGAGCAACUCGCGAUCUUGACAAACUUUACCAAAGAUUCAGAAUAUAAGGGCAGCCAGAUCCAAGUACGCUCCAACAACUUCCUUAACCAAGUGUUAGACUCCUUAAGGGAACUGUGUCAGGACGCCAUAGAUAUAAACCCCAGCGAAAUGGUCCCGGAUCUUUACCAUGGUCUUUCAACAUUCUCUCAAGAUAACAAUAACAACAACAACAAUGCUUUGCUAGACCAAUUCCCUGUCCAAAAAGAUACAAUCAGCUUGAAUUCAUAUUUUCAGUUUUCUCCAAGGACCAAUCACAACAUUCAAAACGUCACAUCGUGGCAAUCAAGAUUCUUUCUUAAUGAUGAUCAGGACCCUGGGCUAGCUCUUUUGAUUCACGAUACUCUGGACUUGGCAAGGAAAAAAGUGGAUGCCGUAUUGAGGUUGGAUAACGCGAUGACCUAUUCUUUAAAGAUUAAAAACGAGGUUAACAACUACGUGGUACAACUGAUCCGCGAACAAAUUGAAAUAAACAAGCAUACAAUCCUAGCUCACUCAAUGAACAUAAGGUCUUCUUCAAUAUUCCAUUCCCCCUUGCCCCAAAUUCACUCUCAACAACGAGAAGGCGGGAAUCUCAUAUAUUCUUCCUCUACCCCUCUGCAAGUUCAUCACGGCCAGUGUGCGUCCUUUGAAGCAACCUCCAAGUCUCAUUUGGAGCCUAUUCCUUUCCCCCCUUCUUCCACUGAAGAAACUCCCACUGGCAACGAUAUCAGGCACCCUUCUCCCUUGCCCCGUAGUUGUAACAACACCGUUAUGAAACUACCGACACCUCGGAGGAAAAUUGACUCUAAUGGAUUAUUCUCUGAUGCCUACUUAAACGCCGACAUCAUUCCGAACCCAAGUGUCGAAUCCGCGGUAUCAAUGGAUAGAGAUAAUAACACUAAUAGCAGGGGCAGUAGUAUGAAACAAUAUGGUAUCGAUGACGCCGCCGAUUCUCGGACUAGUAACUUAGAAAGACCUUCUUCGUCAUCGUCAAGGCUAGGGGUGAGAUCAAGAUCCAUAACACCAAGACAAAAGAUAGAAUAUUCACAUGUACAUAAUGAUGACUGCACUAAUGAAAUGUUGUCAAAAGAUAAAGAUUCCCUUCAACCUCAACCUUCUGUAGAUACCACUAUAACUUCAUCUACUCAAACGGACAUCACGGGCACCAAGGCAAAUAGUAAUAAUUCCACAAACUCAGUAUUGCCCAAAUUAAUGACAAGUAUUUCAUUGACCCCAAGGCGUGGUUCACCAUCAUUUAGUAACCUGGCAAGCCAUUCUAUGCAACAGACAAACAGUUUUAAACUGAUUCAAGAUAAAUCACCAAUAUCCUCACCUUUCACAUUCUCGAAGGAUUUUCUAACCCCAGAGCAGCACCCUUCCAAUAUUGCUAGAACAGAUAGCAUCAAUAAUGCAAUGUUAACUUCACCAAAUAUGCCAUUAUCACCUCUUCUAUUGGCUACAAACCAAACCAUCAAAUCACCAACACCUAGCAUUAAGGAUUACGAUAUCUUGAAACCAAUCAGUAAAGGCGCCUAUGGUAGUGUUUAUCUAGCACGUAAAAAACUCACAGGAGAUUAUUUUGCUAUAAAGGUUUUAAGGAAAUCGGAUAUGAUUGCCAAAAAUCAAGUAACAAAUGUCAAAUCCGAAAGAGCCAUUAUGAUGGUUCAAAGUGAUAAGCCUUACGUUGCAAGACUAUUUGCUAGUUUCCAAAAUAAAGAUAAUCUGUUCUUAGUAAUGGAAUAUUUACCUGGUGGAGAUUUGGCCACUUUAAUCAAGAUGAUGGGGUACCUGCCCGAUCAGUGGGCCAAGCAAUACCUAACCGAAAUUGUUGUCGGUGUGGAUGACAUGCAUCAAAAUGGGAUCAUACAUCAUGAUUUAAAGCCUGAAAAUCUACUAAUUGAUAAUGCAGGUCAUGUAAAAUUAACAGAUUUCGGUUUAUCAAGAGCUGGUUUGAUUCGCCGUCACAAGUUUGUCCCACACAAGUCGUCACUAAGUAUCAGUUCCACCUUACCCAUCGAUAACCCAGCAAACAAUUUUACUAUGAAUACCAACAAUAGUAAUCAUUCUCAAUUAUCGACCCCAGAUAGCUUCAUGUCAGAUCAUAAGCCAUACAAUAGAAGCAAGAAGUCGUCAUUGGGUCAACAAUACGAGCACUCAGAACACUCAAGUGCUUCAAAUUCCCAUUCAAUGACACCAACACCCAGUACAAACACUGUUGUUUACCCUUCAUAUUACCGUAGUAAAGAUAGAUCACAUGGAAGUUCAAACAUUGAUCUCCCAGCAUCCCUAAGAAGAAGUGAAUCCCAGUUGUCGUUUUCCCUACUUGAUAUUUCCCGUUCUAGUACGCCUCCUUUAGCAAAUCCUCAAAAUUUGAACACCAAUAAUGUCAUGAGAAGGAAAUCACUCACUGAGAAUAAAUCAUUUUCUAACGACCUAUUAUCUUCAGAUGCUAUUGCAGUUACUAACGCAAAUACCAACUCAAACAAUAAUACUUCUCUUUCACCAGCACCUUCAGAUUUAGCAUUGUUUUAUCCUGAUGAUAGCAAGCAAAAUAAGAAAUUUUUUGGGACUCCCGAUUAUCUGGCUCCUGAGACUAUUGAGGGAAAGGGCGAAGAUAACAAGCAAUGCGACUGGUGGUCAGUUGGUUGCAUAUUUUUUGAAUUACUUUUAGGGUAUCCUCCAUUCCAUGCAGAAACACCUGACGCUGUAUUUAAGAAAAUUCUAUCAGGAGUUAUUCAAUGGCCAGAGUUUAAAAAUGAAGAAGAAGAGCGAGAAUUCUUGACACCAGAGGCAAAAGAUUUGAUAGAAAAAUUAUUAGUUGUGGAUCCUGCGAAAAGACUAGGUGUGAACGGAAUUCAGGAAAUCAAAGAUCACCCUUAUUUCAAAAAUGUCGAUUGGGAUCAUGUUUACGAUGAAGAAGCUUCUUUUGUUCCUACAAUAGACAACCCAGAAGAUACAGAUUAUUUUGACCUCAGGGGUGCAGAACUUCAAGAUUUCGGAGACGAUAUCGAAAACGAUAAUGCUAAUAUUUUGUUCGGUAAGCAUGGCAUUAACACAGAUGUUUCUGACCUAUCCUCUGCUGCUAAUCUCUCUCCACCAUCAAAUCAUAAAAAUAUUUUAUCCCGUAAACUAUCAAUGAGCAAUACCACUAAUAGGAGCUCCAAUAAUUCCAACAGCAGCGUACAUGAUUUUGGUGCACAUACUCCAGUUAAUAAAUUGAGUAUUGCUUCUGUGUUGGAAUCUGUGCCUCAAGAACCAGGAUAUAUUACACCAAACGGGACAGGAGCAACCACAACAAGCGCUAAAAACUCACCCAAUCUAAAGAAUUUAUCACUGGCUAUACCUCCGCAUAUGAGGGAUCGCAGAUCAAGCAAAUUGAAUGAUUCACAAACAGAAUUUGGAUCUUUCAACUUCAGGAAUUUAUCCGCCCUUGACAAAGCUAAUAAAGACGCUAUAAAUAGACUGAAAAGUGAACAUUUUUCUGAACAACCUGGAGUACAUAGAAGAACUUCUUCUGCGUCUUUGAUGGGAUCAUCUUCGGAUGCAUCAGUGUCAACCCCAGGGAGUAACGCUUCAAACACUACAUCUGGUGGCAAGUUGAAAAUACACAAGCCUACUAUAUCUGGGUCUCCUUCAACAUUUGGCACCUUUCCCAAAACAUUUUUGAGGUCAGAUUCAUUCUCCACAAGAUCAUAUUCUCCUGAACGGAGUAUUAGUAUCGAUUCGUCCACAUUGUCGAGGAAGGGAAGUAUAAUUGGGGAUAACCAACAAACGACAACAAAUAGUUCCGAUUCACCUACGAUGACUAAAUUUAAGUCGCCACUAUCACCUGCUAACACUACCACAGCGAGCUCAUACUUUUCAAGGCAGAGGGUUCUAUCAAAGAGUUUUUCGCAACGGACUAACUCUAGUGAUCUCUCGGCAGAGGAAAAUGACCGAUUACAGGCUAUAUCAAGAGUUAACUCUUUAAGAAACAGGAGACGCAGUGGCCGCAAAAGCUCCAGUACUUCUGAGAUUGGAUAUCAUAUGGAUGUUCUUGUUUGUGAGCCUAUCCCAAUUCAUAGAUAUCGGGUUACUAAAGAUUUAGAAAACUUGGGCUGUACUGUCGUCAGUGUUGGCGCCGGUGAUGAAUUAGUUAGCAGAGCUACUAGUGGUGUAAGCUUCGACUUAAUUAUGACGGCUUUGAAGCUACCAAAACUUGGUGCUAUUGAUAUUGUUCAACUGCUUAAGCAAACAAAUGGUGCUAAUUCAACAACACCGAUUGUGGCCAUUACUAAUUAUUUUCAAGAGGCAACAACCAGUAGAGUUUUUGAUGAUGUCCUUGAAAAACCGGUAAACCUCGAUGAACUAAAGAAAUUGGUGGCUAAGUACGCACUGAAAAAGUCUCAAGAAGAUGAGGAGCAUACUAUACUGAGCGAUUCUGAUGAAACGCACUGA